AUGUCACUUGUUCUCGAUGACUUUAAGAAUACUAAGCGUCAGCAUAAAUAAUACAUCAAUGAUAUUUCUGAUAUAUUUGAUGAUGUUCUGGAUUAAACUGAUGUUGGAAGGAAAGAAAAGAUCGUAACAGGAUUGAAAAGCAAAAUGGGGUAAGCAGAAAAAAGUUUAACAGAGAUGGAAUAAUUCUGGGCAAUGCUUGACCCUCAUGAAAAAGCCUAAUAUAGAAAUAAAAUGACAAAAUUUAGAGCUGAUUAUGAGAACAUGAGGAAAAAAUACUUCAAAAUUAAUGAUUCAGUCUAGGGUGAAUAGAACAGGUUGAAGCUUGAACAAAAGUCUACUAUGAAGGAUGAAUAAGAACGUGAUAUGCGUAAGAAACUAUUGGACGGGACAGAAAAUCUUUAUGGCUAAAGUAAGCAGCUUGAGAAUACUAAAAAGAUGGGACUGGAGACAAAUGAAUACAUAAGGCUUGCAAACAGAGAUCUUAGAGAUUAAAGAGAUAUUCUGAUUAGCGUUGGUGACAAGAAUGCCUAAAUUAGAGUUGAUUUGGAAAGAGGUAAUAAGAUCAUAACAGAAAUGAGCAUGCGAGAGUAUCUCUAUAGAGUUGCAAUUCAUUUCACUGCAUUUUUACUGCUCAUGGCAAUCUUGAUUUGUAUCCUUCACAAUUUAGUUAAGUGA